GGCAAACCUAUUGGCUCUCGCCGUUUUGCAAAAUGUUGUCAGAUUGCAUAUUAAUUGUUUUUAUUUCAGUAUGCACCGCCUUUCUUGGAGAGGGUUUGACAUGGAUUAUGGUAUAUAGGACUGAAAAAUACAAAAAAUUGAAGGCUGAAGUGGAAAAACAGAGCAAGAAGUUGGAAAAGCAAAGGGAAACUGAAACAAAUGACAGGGUUCAAAAGAAAAAAUUAGAGAGACAAGAGGAAAAGUUAAAAAAUAACAGUAGGGAUUUAUCUUUGGUGAAAAUGAAGUCCAUGUUUGCCAUUGGUUUUGCAUUUACAGCACUUCUCAGCAUGUUUAAUUCUAUAUUUGAUGGUCGAGUGGUUGCCAACCUACCUUUCACUCCCAUAUCUUUUAUCCAAGGCAUCUCUCAUAGAAAUCUUCCAGGGGAGGAUUAUUCGCAAUGUUCAUUUAUAUUUCUCUACAUUCUCUGCACCAUGUCCAUUAGACAGAACAUCCAAAAGCUGUUGGGACUGGCACCAUCCCGUGCUGCCAGUAAACAAGGGACAGGUUUCUUCACACCACCCUCACAGUUAGGCAGAUAAACAAGCUAACUAUGGUCAUCAUUACUCAAGAACAUUUCAGCAUAUGCAUUUUUUUUUACACAUACAUUUGAAUAAAUGGUAAAUUUAUUUUGUUA